UCCACCAUUGAAGACUUGGAAGAAAGCUUACGAAAACUGAAGGUUCAGGUGGACAGCUUAGCCUCCAGUCUCACAGUCCAUCCAGAUGGAGAUGACACUUCUGCUCUUGAACAUGUGGCUGACCCAGGUCCCUUAAGUUCCAAGUGGCACCCAUCAGGGCCACCCACUGAGGCUGAAUGCUUACUGAAAGCAAAGCAUCUUGCGAGACCAUUAGAGAAUAACUUGAAUUUGAUGGAUUGGGCCAUUCCAACCUUAAAUUCACCCCCACUGAACGAAAAUUUAGGAUUAUUUGGCACUGCGACUGUGAGUCAGAACUCUCCCCUCUUGGGGGAUCUUGCUGUCCCUUUGAAACUUGGGGCCCCUCACGUGAUUGGCGUCAAGUCUUUGCUGCCCCCCACGGUUCCAGUCCGAGCUUGCUUGCCAGAAAGAUCCUCUUUCACGUUCCGCAGAGGCCGUUCACUUAGUCACUCUGAGGUUACCCGCUCCUGCUCCUUCUCUCCGGAUGCCAAACGCCCGCGCUGGCUCCGGUCACGCUCUCAGUCUCCGAGGCCGGUCUGGAGACCCACCUCGGCUAAGGCUAAUGCCUGUGCUCAACCUCCGCCUCAGCUGGGGAAGCCUAGGGGAGUCAGGAAGAAAAGCAUAUCAAGCAGACAAUCACGGUUGAGGUUCUUCAGGCCAGGAACAUUAGCAUCGAAAUCCUGGCCUUCCACUAAGGCAGUUGGACAGAGGACACCAAGGGAGUCUUGGAGUCCUUACAGUUUGGCUUCUCCGGUGAUCUCCUCGCCCACGGCAGAGGAGAUCAACAAACGAUUCCUGCAGACGCUUUCUGAAAGCACGAUGGGGAGAGACCUGAUUGAAAUGUCUCCGUACCAGAAAAUGCUGGCUCGUCUCCGACUCCAGCGCCUGCGUGUGGAAGAGGGCUGGCUGUUGGAAGUAAAGAGGCAGCAGGAAUUGGAACGGACCCGUGGCCCCAGACCCAAGUGGUACGAAAUGAGGGACUCUCAAUUCCACUACGAAGCCCACAAGAACAACGAGCUUCUGAGAAGCAGCCCAGAGAUACAGUCUGUCUGUGGUUACAGGGAGGCCCUAUCAAGAGCAUCGAAUGAGUUCCAGCAGCAACAGAAGCCCACUUCCACCUCCCUCAAGGCCUACUGGUAAAGCGCCGAAGGGCAUCAGAGGAGAUAGAAGAAAGGCAGUUUCUGCUCUCCAAAAAUCCCGUGUCGACAGAUCACAAUGUUCCCGAGUCUCAUACCUUGAAAAAUGAACCGUGAAUGCCACGGCAUUGCAUUUGGUGGGACCGCAUCCAAAAGAAAAAAAAAUAUUCCAAAUUACUUGGCUCUUUGUUCUCUCUUUAAUUCACCUUAUUUCAAAGGAUACAUUGCAAUGUUUCUGAAGUAAGCUGGGGAGACAAUGGCUAGUGUAUUAGUAAAACCGUACAUGAAAGAAUUACAGAGAAUAUGAAAUGGUUUCUGACUCGCAAGACGAUUAUGACCAUCGCACACAUUCUGAAGCAGGAAUGAAGCCACCGUCAGCUUUCGGGUUUCAAAACAAAUAGCAACAAGCCACAGUGUUACUUGCAUUAUUACAAUUGUCUCUUUUUUAAAAAAACAAAACAAAACACUGCCUUUCUGUUACCUACUUUGGGCUGAGAAAUUUCACUGUUAACUGGGCUAAUUCAAUUCUCAUGCAGGUGGAGGCUCACAUGAUGAAGCCGUAAAACAAAACAUGCAUGGAAAAACAAGCCUUUCAGGAUUCUAGGUGAACUUCAUCUUGAGGGGCUAGUUGUCUAAGAUGCAGGGAUUUAUGGCAGAGACCUUUGCUUGCGUAUCUUAGGUCCACCAUCUCCAGUUGGGUGGUCCCCAAAUCUAUUGGGGUCCGCCUCCCAGGAUGGUCAUGAUAAUACUGUUAUUUUUCAAACAAGUUUGUUUGCUGUGUAACGAAAGGCCCCAAGCUCCAGUUGACUGGCAGUGCUGUAUAAGCUGGUUAGAUGAUCUCAAAGUCCAAUUGUCAACUUGCAAACUACUUUUUCCCCAAAGGGCCAACACAGCUUGGGAACAACGUCUCCGGUGCCCAAUACUUUUUGUGAAAAAGUGCUUCAGGUCGUGUCUUCUGAAGAGAACAUCUGAUUUUGCUGGAUGAUCUCAGGUUUGAGGCAGCCCAGCCACCUCUCUCACAUUUCCAGAAAAGUACAGUACGUCUUCUGCAUAGGUCACAGUUCAGUUCAGGCAGUCCCAGAUGGAUCCAGCCAUGUGUAAUGAUCACUGCGUUUGCACAAUACACACCACCUUGUUCCCAAAGUGACCCCUCUGAGCGUCUUAGCUAUCCUUUGAUAUCUAUCUUUAUCUCUGUUUACGAGGUAAUCGUCUCUGCUACUCCCCAGUAUCUAUGGCAGGGGUGCUCCAUUUUAUUUCCCUAAAUGAUUGCAUGCCCCACAAACAAAUGUAAUUUCUGAUGCCACCCAAAGUAGAACCGGGAUUAAGCAUGUUCAUUGGCCUGCUAGUUUACGGUUCAGUAACCGUAUCUCUCAAUUUUAUUCGGUCACAUAUAAUUAUAUCCUGCCAUUGUUCUGAUCCACCUAUUUCUUGGAAAGUGGAUCCUGGCCCACUACUCAAAGGUUAAUGUGACACUCAGCCUGAAGAAGAAUUUUACAUCCUGGCAGUCUUAACUAUUUCCUUCCAAGAACAGAGCAAAUGCAUAAAUAAAAUGGGAAAUACCGGUGGCCAGUGGUUUUGCUCUCAGUCUCAAGGAAGUCUUUGGAAUUCUAUUAUACGUGCUUAAUUCAGAUGGCAACAGUGUUCAACAACUAAGAUUUGGGGCCACUACCAAGGAAUCAUUUUGGAUCUGCUUUGUGCUUCUAAUUCCUUCCCCCACCCCCGCCAUCAAACUGCAAUAGCUUUUGAAGCAGAAGGACGUUCUUAGAAUUCAGAAUGCAGAUUAGAAGGUGAAAGUUCUCACUUGCAGGUGAGAAAGGAACCAAGAUUCUUUUGCUUUC